AUGUUGAGGCAUUGUAAGGCGUACUAUGGUGUUAUUGAAGGAUGCAUUAACUCCUCAGUGGUGGCCCCAUUGAGUCAGGAAAGGCUACAGAGAAUCUACAAGUCCGUCCCCACUGAGCAGGAGUCAGAACUGUGCUUGGAGUUAACGAAGGAAAUUGAGAGUAUGUACACCACAGCCAUAAGGAAGGCAAUCCUUGACUAUGUGCUCUUAGAUCCCAUGGAACAAGGGAGACUUGGCAUUGAACUUCCUCCUAAGAAGUCUGACACUGCAGGCAGAGGAAGGUUCCCAUGGCAUGAAAGUGUAGAAGGUGCACGUCUUUUAUUGAGAGAUAACUUGUACAUCACGCAUCCCGUCAUGUCCAUGAUCCUACUCGACUUCCAGACCAGGUAUGUGACGUUCAGACUGAUUGAAUUUGAGGACCUUCAGCAACAUUUCCCCUUCACUCUCGAUCAGCUAAUUAACCACGUUGCCAUGGUUGUGAAGGCCCGAGUAAAGAUUCUGCAAGAUCAGUGGUUGUCAGGCUGCUGUACUAUAAUUAACGAGAACCGUGAGGAUGUGGAAUCUUGGAUGCCCCAGGACGAUAAGGAGCUAAGAACAACAAAGAUGGACCAUUUCUUCGCCAGCAUUGCCACUCUCAUGUCUAACCUCCUCCGAAGCAUUGUAGAGGCGACUCUGAUGGAACUGGUGCACUUGUUUGAGCAGUACGGGGGCGGGAAUAGAUACGAAGGAGAGUAUCCUGCGGAUUCCCUCGGCCUUCCGGUCAAACCUCAUCCUAUAACCAUCUUCAUGAGGCCUGACAUGGACAGCUACAGCAUUACAUUCACACCGACCACUGAUGAAGUGAUGGAGGGAUUAGCUCGUGUGGUGGACUUCAUCGUCACAGCAGUCCAGCACAUGCCCAGGAUUGAGCACCACCUCUUCCAGGCUGUGGACAACUUUGAAGUCAAAUACAUUGGUUCUGUACAUUCUGAAGAGGAAAUUGUCCUGAAUGCAAAAGCAACACUUCAAUUUGUGGCCAAGAGUAACGGUCAUGGGCCACUUAGAUACUGCUCAGUGUAUGAACCAUAUAAGAGCCUCCUGUCUCCAGACUCUGACAGUAAGAUUGAAAAUACAAUCAGCAGGGAGUUUAACCUGACAACUUACGUCAGGGAAAUAGAGGAGCUGAGAAAGAUGGGUGUAGAGCUGGCCUCUCUGCCGGUCCAUGUUCCUCUGGAGCUGCUGCUGCUGGACUGCACCGAAUUAAAUCAGCACCUAUCCACCCGCUGCCGUCAGCUCUCUGCCCGGGUCGCUGGUAAAGUCGUAGAGGUUUCGGCCAAGCUGAACGCCAGCGUGUGCACCCGGUACGGGGACGUGGUGAAAAGGCUGAGCCAGCCAGUCGACCACACCCGGGGCUUGGUGCAGCUGAGGCGGGAGUUGGAGAGUGUCCAGAGCCAGGAGCUGCCCCGGCUGCAGGACGAGCUGGAGAUAGCGGUGCGGAACCUGCUCUUCCUGCUCGAGUACGCCGGCCUGUCCGCGGAGGACAUCACUCACCACAGCAAAACCUUCUGGUGGCCGGAGCGCAUCGGUCCGAUUGUCAGGAACAGUUGUCUCCGGUUACAGAGGGAGCACGAUGUGGCCGUGUCCAGGCUGGUUCGCUGGCGGGAAGAUUUCACCAAGCGGAUUGAGGGAACUGCGGCCAUGGUGAGGGAAUUCCACAGGAAAGAUCGCAUGUCCGAAGCCCAGCUGUACGCGGAGAAGCUGCGGCUCAUUAACGGAAGGAUCGAGGAAUUCGCAGAGGAGAAAGCCAUGAUUAAUCAUGAAGAAGUUCUACUGGAGAUGGGCCAUGUUAGCCCUUACCACCAAAUCCAGGAUAUCAUUGAUGAAAAGGAGCCCUAUGAGAAGCUGUGGACGGCUGCCCUUCAGUUCAACCUGCACCACGAGAAGUGGAUGAAUGGCUCGUUGUUACAAGUUAACGCAGAAGAGGUCGAACAGGAGGUGCAGAGUUUAUGGAGGAUCAGCUACAAGUUAACAAAAGUUUUCCAUCACCCAGAGCUACAUGGGCCAUUAAAAGUUGCAACCGCCAUCAAAACCAAGCUGGAGAAGUUCAAAAUCAACUUGCCCCUGAUCAGUGCACUCUGUGCUCCUGGGAUUAGACAACGUCACUGGAGUCUGAUAAGCCAAAAGGUGGGAUUUCGCAUCACCCCAGAGGAAAACACCUCCCUGAGUGACAUCUUGCAGCUGGGCCUUGAGAGGCAUUUGGAAGAUCUGAGUGAUAUUAGUUCCCAGGCGACUAAAGAAUAUAGCUUGGAGAAAGCUCUCAGCAAGAUGCAGAGGGACUGGAAAGAAGUUAAUUUUACAUUUGUGCAUUACAAAGACUCCGGCAUUGAGAUCAUGGCACCGCUGGAUGACGUUCAGGUUUUACUGGAAGAUCACAUUGUGAAAACCACCACCAUGAAAGGGUCACCAUUUAUCCUGCCCUUCAAAGAAGAAAUCUCAGCCUGGGAAUCUAAGCUGUGGCUAAUGCGCAACACCCUGGAUUCCUGGCUGCACGUCCAAGCGGCUUGGAUGUACCUGGAGCCGAUCUUCAGCUCAGAGGAUAUCCAUAAUCAAAUACCUGAACAAGGGAGGAUGUUUGGAGUGGUGGACACCAACUGGAGGCUGAUAAUGAAAGCAGCAAUAAAGGAAGCCAAUGCCAUGAGAGUUAUCUCACAGCCACAGAUACUGGAUAAACUGAAGGAGGCAGAAUCACUCUUGGAUGGCAUUCAGAAAGGACUCAGUGAAUAUUUAGAAAAGAAAAGGCUCUUCUUCCCUCGCUUCUUCUUCCUUUCCAAUGAUGAACUGCUGGAAAUUCUCUCCGAGACGAGGGACCCACUUCGAGUCCAGCCUCACCUCAAGAAGUGCUUUGAAGGGAUUGCCCGACUCACCUUCACCGCAGAGGAGGAGGUCAGCCACAUCGAGUCAGCAGAAGGCGAACGACUGGAACUUGACCUCCGCAUUGUCCCAGCCAGGGCCAAGGGCCUGGUGGAGAAGUGGCUGCAAGAGGUCGAGGAAGUGAUGAAGACAUCGCUGGCUGGAGUCAUGCAGCGGGCACUAGCAGCCUGUCCCCAGGUCUCCAGAGAUCAGUGGGCUCUAGGCUGGCCUGGCCAGGUCGUGUUGGCAUGCAGCAUCGUAUACUGGACCACAGCUGUCUCACAGGCGAUCACCCAGAAUGAGCUGAAAGGCUUCCUGAAGAAAAGCAAUGAACAAAUUGAAGACAUUGUUGCUCUGGUGAGGGGCAAGCUGACUAAAAUGGCUCGAAUUACUCUGGCUGCACUCAUCACCAUCGAUGUUCACGCCCGUGAUGUUGUUGCAAAGCUGACCAACCUUGGAAUUAACAGCACCACUGACUUUAAUUGGAUCGCCCAGUUACGAUAUUAUUGGGAAGAGAAGAAAAUUGUAAUCAGGAUGAUUACAACCGCGGUGCUUUACGGUUAUGAGUACCUGGGGAACACAGGAAGGCUUGUCAUCACGCCCCUGACAGACAGAUGCUACAGGACCCUGAUGGGAGCCCUGCAGCUGAACCUGGGUGGAGCGCCAGAAGGACCCGCAGGAACCGGGAAAACCGAAACCUGCAAGGAUCUGGCGAAAGCGGUGGCCAAACAGUGCCUUGUGUUUAACUGCUCUGACGGGCUGGACUACAGGGCAAUGGGGAAGUUUUUUAAGGGGCUGGCACAGUGCGGUGCUUGGGCCUGCUUCGAUGAAUUUAAUCGGAUUGAAUUAGAGGUCCUUUCCGUCAUUGCACAGCAGAUCCAGACUAUUCAGCAGGCUGUCUCUGGGAAGGCGACCACAUUUGUCUUCGAAGGGACCGAGAUCCCACUGGACUGUUCAUGUGCUGUCUUCAUCACGAUGAACCCCGGCUACGCAGGCAGAGCGGAGUUACCUGAUAACCUCAAGGUCCUGUUCCGCGCAGUGGCCAUGAUGGUACCUGACUAUGCUCUGAUCGCAGAAAUCUCCCUCUACUCCAUGGGCUUCAUCAGCGCACAGCCCCUGGCCGCCAAGGUGGUGGCCACCUAUAGACUUUGCUCUGAGCAGCUCUCCUCUCAACAUCACUACGACUACGGGAUGCGAGCUAUCAAAUCGGUUCUGACAGCGGCUGGAAACCUGAGAAUCCAGAACCCUGCGGAGAAGGAGGACGAGCUCAUCCUCAGAGCCAUCAUGGACGUUAACCUCCCAAAGUUCGUCUCCCACGACAUCCUGCUUUUUGUCAGUAUAAUUUCAGAUCUCUUUCCUGGUAUCACCUUGCCAACUCGUCACCAUGGCUGCCUGGAGACCUCCAUCAGAGAAAUCAUUCGCAGACGUAAUCUGCAGCCAACACCCUGGUUCAUUGAAAAAAUCAUUCAGAUUUACGAGAUGAUGCGGAUGUGCCAUGGCUUUAUGGUGGUUGGCUGUGCCCUCGGGGGUAAGACCAGUGCACUGAAGGUGCUGGCAGAGGCCCUGGAGCUGCUGGAGUCGAGGGGCCUGAUGGACGAACACAGAGUGCAGUGUGUCAUCAUCAACCCCAAGGCCGUCACCUUGGGCCAGCUCUACGGGAGCUUUGACCCCAUCUCACAUGAGUGGAGUGAUGGAAUCCUGGCCAAUAUCUUCCGUGAACAUGCCAGCAGCCCAACCAGAGACCGGAAGUGGUGCAUCUUGGACGGUCCAGUGGAUGCAGUUUGGGUGGAGAACAUGAAUACAGUCCUUGAUGACAAUAAAAAGCUCUGCUUGAUGAGUGGAGAGAUCAUUCAGAUGAGCAGCCAGCAGAAUAUAAUCUUUGAAGUUCUGGACCUGGAGCAAGCAUCGCCCGCCACAGUCAGCAGGUGUGGGAUGAUUUACAUGGAGGCUAUGAAUCUGGGUUGGGAGCCUUUGGUGCGGUCCUGGCUGACAGCCAACCUGCCCCCACAGCUGACACCAGACCAGAGGCAGACAGUGCAGGCACUGUGCGACUGGCUGCUGCCACCGUGUCUGCAUUUUGUUGAGAAGAGGUGUAACCUGGUCCUCCAGACCUCCGCCAUGCACCUCAUCAUCUCCACGCUGAAAAUCUACGAGAGCCUGCUCUUGGAAAUCAGCUUCUCUGAUGACAAGGAGGAGGAGAUUUCUCACGCCUUCAAGGCCACGGAGGAGAAAAGUUGCUCAGCCGCGGUGCAGAAAGCACCACAGGAAGUCACCAGUGCACUCGUUGCUUAUGCCUUCUUCUCCAUAAUCUGGUCCAUUGGUGGCCUUCUCGACCCUUUAUCGAAGCACAGCUUUAGUAAUUUUUUCAGUAGGCUUUGUGAUUGGGAGUCAAAGCCAAAAGACAUAAAGUUUCCCAGAGCUUUACAGAUACCAAGAGAGGGGAGUGUUUUUGACUUUGUCUUCCUCAAGAAAACCUUUUCAUCUUGGUGCACGUGGAAGGACCUGGUAACUGCUGUUGACAUUGAGCACAGGACUGAGGUAGUGCAUUUCUCUCUUGACUUGCAGCUUAACAAAAUCAUCAUAAAGACAGCUGGAACAGUGAUGCAGACGUACUUCCUGGAGAAGCUGCUGCUACGUGACAAGCCAUUGCUGUUUGUGGGACCCACGGGCACCGGGAAGACAGCAAUCACUAACAGCUUCCUCCGACGAUUGCCUCCCGACAAGUACUCCAUCUGCCAGAUCAGCUUCUCGGCGCACACGUCAGCCAACCAGACGCAGGACAUCAUCCUGGCACGGCUUGAGAAGCGCAGGAGAAGUGUCCAUGGGAUAGAGCCCGAGAAACAGCUGUGUGUUUUUGUUGAUGAUGUCAGCAUGCCAGCAAAGGAGCAGGAUGGAGCACAACCUCCUGUGGAGCUGCUGCGACAGUGGAUCGAUCACGGCUACUGGUUUGACAGGAAGGACACCAGCAUCUUCCGCCUUCAGACCAAGUCCCUGGUGGCAGCAAUGGUUCCUCCCAGCGGUGGCCGCAAUUCCAUUAGCCCGCGCUGUCUGCGACACUUCAACGUCAUUGCCCUUGAUGCCUUCAGUGAAGACACCAUGAAAACCAUCUUCCAACCUGUGGUGGACUGGCACUUCAACAGGGGCUUUGACAUCUCCCAGAAAAGAUAUUCCAGGAUUUUGCUCUGGGCUACCAUGGAAACGUACAAGCAAGUUGUGCAGCACUUCCUGCCGACACCAUCCAAGUCACUUUACAUAUUCAGUCUGAGGGACUUCUCCAGAGUCAUCCAGGGUCUGCUGCUCUUGAAACCAGACUGUGUUCCCCCGGGGACCAAAGGGGACCAUAAAUUGAUGAGGUUUUGGAUUCAUGAAGUCCACCGUGUCUUUUCUGACCGAUUGGUUGACAACCAGGACAGAAAGCUCUUCUUCCAAAUCGUCAAGAACGUGGUACAGACGCAAUUCAGGGAGAAAAUCAACAACAUAUUCCACCACAUGGGUAUCGCGAGAGACAUCAGUGACGACGAUAUGCGCCUUCUCUUCUUCGGUGAUUACAUGGCCAGGAAUGGCAGCGGAGAGAGGGCCUACGAUGAAAUCACAGACAUGGCUGAGCUGCAGAAUACCAUUGAGCGUUAUCUGGAUGAUUUCAACCGAACCAGUGAGGCACCCAUGGACCUGGUGAUGUUUAACUUUGUAAUCGAACAUAUCUCCCGUGUCAGCCGGAUCCUCAGACAGCCUCAAGGACAUGGUCUGCUGGUCGGUAUCGGAGGGAGCGGGAGGCAGUCAGCCACACGGCUGGCUGCAUUCAUGGCCAACGCUGACACCUUCCAGCUGAGUGUCCAGAAAGCCUACACACUGGCAGAGUGGAAGGUUGACCUGAAACAGGUACUGCGUAAGUCUGGGCUGAAGGGCACGCCGACCGUCUUCCUCUUCGCCGACCACCAGAUCAAGGAUGAAACCUUUCUGGAGGAUAUCAGUAUGAUUCUGAGUACUGGAGAUAUUCCUAACCUGUUCGAUAAGGAGGAAACGCAAGCGAUAAUUGACCAGAUGAGACAGCUCAUGACCACACAGAAAAUGAAAGAGGACGCUACCCACAUGGACACUUACAGCCGGUUCAUGGAGCGUGUACAGCAGAACUUCCACCUGAUGCUGGCCUUCAGUUCCAUUGGAGAGGCUUUCCGCACCCGCCUGCGACAGUUUCCCACUCUGAUUAACUGCUGCACCAUUGACUGUUUUCAGGCUUGGCCUGAAGAUGCGCUGGAGAAGGUGGCCAGUCAUUUUCUGGAUGAAGUGGAGAUGUCUCAGGAAGUGCAUGGUGAAGCUGUCUUCAUGUGUAAACACUUCCAUCAGUCUGCCACUGGCCUGUCUGAAAGAUUCUACAACUCUCUUCAGAGGAGAACUUACGUCACACCAUCCUCCUACCUGGAAUUAAUUAAAAUCUUUAAAACUCUGCUGGAAAGGAAAAGACUGGAGCUAUUAACCAACAAGAACAGAUACAUGGCUGGAUUGGAGAAGUUGGAUUUUGCAGCCUCUCAGAUCGUGCUAAUGCAGGAGGAGCUGACUGGGCUGAAGCCAUUGUUAAUGCAGCGAGGCCAAGAAACAGAGGAGCUGCUGUCUGCCAUCACCAAGGAGACGCAGGAGGUGGAGGUGGUAAAGGGGGUGGUGGAAGCGGAGGAACAGGCGGUGAACACAGCGGCGCAAGAAGCACAAGCGAUUAAGGAGGAAUGCAAGCAGGAGCUGGACGUGGCUCUGCCUGCACUGACUGCCGCCAUCAUGGCUCUGGACACACUGAAGGCCAGCGACAUCGCCAUGGUGAAGGCGAUGCAAAACCCCCCCGCGGGUGUCCGCCUCACCCUUGCCGCCAUCUGUGUGCUGAAGGGGAUUAAACCUGAGAAAAAGGUGGACGUGAACGGCAAGAACAGCGAUGACUACUGGCCUCCUGCCAAGAAGAUGCUUGGAGACAUGAAGUUCCUAGAGUCACUGAAGGACUUCGAUAAAGACAACAUUCCUGCAAAGGUGGCAGCUCACAUCCGAAAGGACUUUAUCAACAACCCUGACUUCCAGCCAGCCAUCAUCAGGAACGUGUCCUCAGCCUGUGAGGGCCUCUGUAGCUGGGUCCAGGCCAUAGACAUCUACGAUAAUGUGGCAAAGGUGGUUGCCCCUAAGAAACAAAAGCUGGCACUUGCCGAAGCGGAGCUGGCAGUGCAGAUGGAGAAGCUGAUCAAGAAGAGAGCUGAGCUGUUGGAGAUUGGGAACAGACUGCAGAGGCUGCAGAAUCAGCUGUCCCGGAAACUCACGGAGAAACAGCAGCUAGAACACAGCAUCCAAGUGACCAUGUUGAAGCUGGAACGUGCAGAGAAGCUGAUGGAUGGUCUCAGUGGGGAGAGGGAGCGGUGGACCAGCGUUGCAAGGCAGUUGGAGGGUGCGUACCAGAACAUCAUUGGCGAUGUGUUGCUGAGUGCCAGCAUGGUGGCCUACCUCGGGCCCUUCACCCCGGACUUCCGGCAGAAUGUGCUGAAGGAAUGGCUGUACAUGUGUAAGCAGAAACGAAUCCCAGUCUCCAACAUCUUCUCCCUGUCAAGAACCCUGGGAGACCCCGUCACCAUCAUGGAGUGGCAACUGCACGGACUGCCAAGGGACAUGUUCUCAGUGGACAAUGCCAUCAUUGUGACAUCUGCCCAGCGCUGGGCACUCAUGAUCGACCCACAAGGUCAGGCCAACAAGUGGGUGAAGAACAUGGAGAAACCCAACAAACUCCAGGUCUGCAAACUGUCUGACCCAGAUUACGUCCGCACCCUGGCAAACUGUGUCCAGUUUGGAAAUCCGAUCUUGAUUGAGAAUCUCUCUGAAGAACUCGAUCCAAUUCUGGAGCCAUUACUGCUGAAGCAAACAUUCAAGGAGAACGAGAUGGACUACAUCCGCCUCGGAGAGACUUCCGUUCAGUAUUCCAGGGGUUUCAGGCUCUACAUGACCACCUGCCUUCACAACCCCCAUUACCUGCCAGAAGUUUCAGUCAAGGUGACCCUUCUGAACUUCAUGAUCACACCAACUGGCCUGGAGGAGCAGCUGCUGAGCAUUGUUGCCGCAAAGGAAAAGCCUAAUCUGGAAGAGAAGAAGAAAGUUCUUUACCUGGAGCGGGCCCAGAACAGAAAACGUUUAAAAGAGAUUGAAGAGCAGAUCCUGGAGGUGCUGUCCAUGUCACAGGGGAAUUUGCUAGAGGACGAGCGAGGGAUUGACAUCCUUUCUUCCAGCAAGCAGCUCUCCCAGGACAUCAUGGAGAAGCAGGAAAUCACCAUGACGACGGAGCAACAGAUCGAUGAGACCCGCAAUGGCUACUGGCCCGUAGCUGCUCACUCCAGUGUGCUGUUUUUCGUCCUCACUGACUUGGCCUAUGUCGAUCCGAUGUACCAGUACUCACUCAGCUGGUUCCAAAACCUUUACGCACGUUCUAUUGACAAGAGCACUCCAUCAAGCCACCUUCAGGAGAGGAUAAACCAUCUGAAUAUCCAGUUUACCAACAGUGUCUACCAGACUGUCUGCCGCUCACUGUUCGAGAGACACAAGCUGCUGUUCUCUUUCCUGCUCUGUGCUGGAAUUCAAAGGAGCAGGAAACUGGUGAAUGAUGACGAGUGGAGAUUUCUCCUGACCAGUGGUGUGGCUUUAGAGACCCCCUUUGUUAAUCCAGACCCCUCCUGGGUGAAAGACAAGUCAUGGGGUGAAAUCGUUCGCCUUUCCUCUCUUCCUGCUUUCUCCGGACUAAAGGAUCACUUCUGCUCCCAGCUCUCUGAAUGGAAGAAGAUGUAUGAUGCGCCUCAGCCUGAGAAAAUGCCUCUCCCUGAUCCCUGGGACAAACUCCUGAGCCACUUCCAGACCCUACUGGUGCUCCGUUGCAUCCGGCCAGACAAGGUGAUUCCUGCCAUUGAGCAGUUUAUCGUUGAGAUGAUGGGGGUCGAGUACAUCGAGCCCCCUACCUUCGACCUAGAGCACAGUUACCGGAGCUCCAGUCACUGCACCCCACUCAUCUUCAUCCUGUCUGCAGGGGCCGAUCCCAUGGCCCUUCUGCUCAAAUUUGCCGAUGAGCAAGGAAUGGGAGCGCAGAAACUGCAGGCUAUUUCUCUUGGGCAGGGACAAGGUCCCAUCGCUGGAAAAAUGAUCAAGAAGGCUGCCGAGGAGGGGAGCUGGCUGAUGCUGCAGAAUUGCCACCUGGCCGGCAACUGGUUACCAGAGCUGGAACAGGCCUGUGAGGAGUUCUGCAACUACAGCAACAAGACCAGCACCAACUUCCGGCUGUGGCUGACCAGUUACCCGACCCCAGAUUUCCCCGUCUCCCUGCUGCAGAACGGAAUUAAGAUGACCAACGAGCCACCGAGGGGACUGCGAGCCAAUCUGCUGAGGUGCUACCUUAGCCACCCAAUCUCCGAUCCCGUCUUCUUCAGCAGUAGCAACAAGCCCCAGGUUUGGCAGAAACUUCUCUUUGCUCUGUGCUUCUUCCACGCUCUCAUUCAAGAACGCCGCAUGUUCGGACCAAUCGGGUGGAACGUUCCCUACGAGUUCAGCGAAUCCGACCUAAGGAUCAGUGCAAGGCAAGUUCAGAUCUUCCUGAACGAAAACAGCCAGGUUCCCUUUGAGGCCCUGACCUAUCUGACAGGAGAGUGUAACUACGGGGGCCGUGUCACUGACGAAAAUGACCGAAGGCUCCUCCUCAGCCUCCUGCAUGGUUUCUACAGCCAGCCGGUGAUAAGCGAUCCCAGCUAUAGCUUCUCUGCCAGUGGCACAUACAUCUGUCCCAACACCAGCAGCUACAACGGUUACCUGGAGCACAUAAAGCAGAUGCCCCUCUACACAGAUCCUGAGGUCUUUGGGUUGCAUGAAAAUGCAAAUAUAACGAAAGCACAAAAGGAGACCCAGGAGCUGUUCGAUGGGAUCCUGACCACGCUGCCCAGAGAGGUAAGCGGAGGAGACAGAUCCGCAAGCGAGAUCGUCCAGGAACUGGCCAUGGACAUCCUGUCCAAACUACCUCCUGACUUUGAAAUUGAAGAUGUCAUGGGCCGGUUCCCCAUCAGUUAUGGAGAGUCGAUGAACACGGUUCUGAUCCAGGAGCUGUCGCGCUUUAACCUCCUGCUCUCUGUGGUCAGAGACAGCCUGACAGACAUCAGCAGAGCUACCCGCGGCCUGGCUCUCUCAUCCACCCAGCUGGAAGCCAUGUUUGACAGUAUGCUUGUGGGCAAGGUCCCCUCCAUGUGGAUGGCCAAGUCCUACCCAUCACUGAAGCCUUUGGGGAGUUACGUCACUGAUCUUCUGUCCAGGCUUCAGUUCUUUCAGGAUUGGAUUACUGAGGGAAUGCCGGCCGUGUUCUGGAUCUCUGGCUUUUACUUCACUCAGAGCUUCCUGACAGGAACACUGCAGAACUACUCACGCAAGUACCAGAUCCCAGUCCAUCACCUGAGCUUCCAGUUCACAGUCACGGAGCAGGAUCAGCGCAUGUCAGCUCCACCAGUGGACGGGGUCUACAUUAAUGGCCUUUACGUGGAUGGAGCCCGGUGGAACUUUCAGCAACGUGUGAUUGGGGAAUCCCUUCCCAAGGUUCUCUACGACAGCCUGCCUAUCAUUUGGUUCAAACCAGGCAAAAAGUUAUCAUUCAAGGAGCAAUCUAUCUACGAAUGUCCAGUUUACAAGACCAGCAUUCGGCGAGGGACGCUCUCGACCACCGGUCACUCCACCAAUUACAUUCUGACAAUCAGCCUGCCCUCUGACCAGCCUCAGAACCACUGGAUCAAUAGGGGAGUUGCCUGCUUGUGUCAGCUCGAUUACUGAGCACGUGGAGACUCCGGCUGGGGCCCGUAUGGACACCUGCUCCAUGUGGCUUGUCAUUCAGGAGAGAGACAGCCUCCUGCUGCUGUGGGACCAGGAAUCUGCACUCUCGUCCACAGCUACUGACUACUGAUAUACUCACUGUGCACGCUUUCAAUGUAGUUUGCCUUACUGCUGAUCUAUUGUCGAUUGAUCAGACCUGUGUGAGGAACAGACUGAGAUGGUCUGAUUGAAUCCUUCAUCCUUUCCUUUACUGAGUUCACUCUGUGCCUGGUAUGCUACUAACUCUGUGUGUACAUCUACCAAUGUUCACUCUCUUCAGCCUGA